GAUACAUAGUUGUGUUCUGGACUGUUCUGGUUUGAUUUGUUGUUAGAAAGUAACUAUGUUUACUUUAGUUUAGAAGUGUUUAAACCCUGUGUGUGUGUGUGCUAUUAAAUUGUAACUAAUUUUUAUUUGAGGUCAUAAGAAAAAAUUAAACAAUCAUUAUGCCGAAGAAAAACAAGAAUGCAAAGAAUCCGUUUUCUUUUUUUAUGAAAGAACUUCAACAAGAAAUGCAGAUACAAGGUCAAUUCAUUCCUAUGAGUGAGAUGCCCAAAAUUGCUCAUCCAAAAUGGGCGAUGAUGAUGCCAGAGGAGAAGUACAAAUAUGAAAUCAUGGCUAAGGAAUAUAAAGAAAAUAAGAGAGGAAGAAUGGAAGGAAAGUACACGUGUGAUGGUUUUCUGAUUGAUGAGUUAAUGAAAGAAGAAGAAGAAGAGCAGAGAAAAGAGCAGAAAAUGCUCAGACAUAUAAAGAUGGUAAUUGAACAGAUGGGGAGUCCACAAGAUGUUGCAGAUGAAUUGUUGUAUAUCAGCUGCUCUAAUAUUCUCUGUAUGACUAAUGAAAACGUAUAUAUUCCAUUGGAAAUUGGUAUUGUUGAAUAUUCCAUAAGAAGAGGGAUAAUUAGAAGAUUUCACAAGUUUAUUAAUCCAGGUACCAUACCUACAGGGUAUACAGGGAAAGCCAAAGAACAUAGUGAACAAUAUCAUCAGAUUCCUAUAUUUAACUUUAAUCAAGGGGAUGAAAAUUAUCUUGGAACUUAUCUUCAAAUAAAAAAAUUUGUUAAUCCAGAUGAAUUGGAUCCUUGCCCUCCAUUAUUUUGUCCUUCAGAUCAACUUUCUCAAACGAAAGGAUGUUUAAAGUGGCUGCAUGAGCAAGCAUAUGAACGAGGUCAUCAAACACUAGCAUGUUGGGAUUUAACAGUCUUGUUGUUAGAAUUGCGAUUGAAGGUCAACCAACCAAUUCCCAAAGUAGUGGCAGAAGAUUACUUAACUAAAACAACAUUUGAUUAUAUUCCAAAAACAAGGUGUGAAUUCCAUGAAGAACUCGAUAGUCCGCACUGUGCUCUGGGCAGAGCUCAAAGAUUAUGUUUUAUGUUGUCUGAUGCUAUAUGUAAAUAUUAUGAUGUAGAGCCAACCCUGAAUCAUUUACCUCCAAGAGAAUUUGAAUCUCAAAAUUUUACAAGAAUGAUCCCAAAACUUCCUGAACCAAAACCCAUGAUAAACAAGAUAAAUGUUCCUGUAAAACCUGUGACAGAACACCAAUUCAAGACAGUAGUUUCAAAUGUGAAGAGCAAGUUUGUUGAAGAUGAUAAUAUGCAUAUUGUCAACAGUGUUGCAGUGAACCCAAGACCACUUGACAGAGGAGCACUUGGAGCUGUAGGUGGACCAAAAGAGUUUGUGACUGUGGCUACUCCUCAAUAUGUAACUCCUCCAGCUGUUGAUAAUCCAAAUGAGUUCCCAGCACUAGGCAUGUCCAAAUUGAAUCUCGACAAAUCGAGCUCUGCAACUGGCAAACAAUAUGCAAGCGUAGCUGGAAGAGGACGCUUAUUAGCAGCUAACUUCAUGCAACCACAGACAUCCACUAAGCCACCAGAUUCAUUAAGACAACCUAAAACUAUCCCACAGGCACUCAGUGCUGGUAUUGGACGUGGAAAACCAUUAAAAAGUGAGUGAAUGAUGAACAAUCAUGGUAGUUAGUCGAUCUGGUCUUUUUCGGUGCAGGAACUUGGCUGUUAUGUUUUUAUAGACAAAACAAGUGGGAAAAUAUUUCUUUUAGUAAAUGUAUUAAUUUCUUUUUCUUAUAUUUUAUAAAUGUUCAUUUGAGAAAAUGUUUAAAUGUGUGUUAUCU